CUAGUGUAGUGGAUGGUAGAGCUGUUAGUCUAUGAUCAAUACACACAAAAUAUUUGAAGAACUCAGCCAAUCAGAGAAUAUCUAUGUUGGGGGAAUAAACAGUUGAAGUUUGGAUCCAAGACUCUUAAUUAGGACUGAAAAAGAAAGGGUAGAAAGCAGAAUGGUGGUGAGGGGAAGCUGGCAGGUGUUAGGUGAAAAAAGGUGAGGGCGAAUGUGGGUGGUGGAAAAGGGCUGGAAGUAAAGGUCUGAAGAAGGAGGAAUCUGAUAGGAGAAAGGGAAGGAGGAGGGGUACCAGAGGGAGGCAAUGGGCAGGUUAUGAGUAGAGGAGUGAGAGAGGAACCAGAGUGGGGAAUUGAAAAAGAGAAGGAGGGGAAGGAAUUACCUGAAGUUAGAGAAAUCACUGUCAUGUGAUCAGGUUGGCAGCUACUCGGACAGAAUGUGAGGUAUUGCUCCUCUAGCCUGAAUGUGGCAUUAGAGGAAGCCGUGGACUGACAUGUCAGAAAGGAAUGGGAAGUUGAAUUGAAAUGGAUGGCUGUUGAGAAAUCCCAUCUUUUGCAGUGGACAGAGCAAGAGCGCUUGACAAAGUGAUCCACCAAUCUGUUGGGUUUCAUUGAUGUAAAAGAGCCUGCACCAGAUGUAUUAGCUGACCCUCAUAGAUGUGCAGGUGAAAUUUUGUCUCACCUAGGACUGUUUGGAGCCUUGAAUAAUGCGGAUAGAAGAGGUGUAAGGGCAAGUGUAGCACUUGUCACACUAGCGUGGAUUAUUGCCCAGAGGAUGAUCAUUGGACAAGGGAGAGUGAUCCCUGUAGAAAGCAGAGGGGGAUGGAGGGGUUGUGGGAAAGAUAUAGUCAGUGGUAGGAUCCUAUUGUAGAUGGUGGAUGUCUAAGCUUGCAACCAAAUCUACAGUGGAUCUCCUCAGAAAGUGGGAAAAGGCUGGGACGUGCACAGGAUGCAUUGUUUCCAGUUAGCAGUGAUACAAGUAGACAAUUUUGUGAAAAAGUUGUUUGGCAUGCGUUCCUUCAUUCACGUCAUUGACUAUAUAAAUUGGGAAAUUAUGUUACAACUAUACAACACAAGGUUUCCGUAACAUUGGUUUCUUGUUUGAUAAUGGACCCAGCAGCAAAAUUGCCAGAGAAUCCCCUUGUUUCCAGUACAGAGCAGGAACUCAAGGGAACACCACCAUCUGCAGGCUUCGAUGGUUCUUGUCCUUCACCUUUCAAUGGCAUUAUUCAAGAUAUUAACCAGGUGCCUUUGAGUCCAGAGCUGAAAGAGCAGGAGCCUGUUCAGUGGAUGGAGUGUCUGAACCCUGAGCAUUCCAGCUUUUCAAAGGAACUCAAACUUGCUUUGCAAACUGAUCACCACUAUGUGCGGAGCUAUAUUUACGCAAGCAGUAACUCUUCUAAUGCCAUCGAGACAGUUCCAUCUUCUAGUACCAACCUUGCUGAAUCUGGCGAUCUUGUAUCAGAGAAGAAUGAAGGGAGAAUGAUGAUGUGGAUGGGAGCGAACAGGCUCCCAGAUGCUAGCCUAUCAGCAAGGAUUGCAGAGGAACAUCAGGAAAACGUGGCUGGGAUUGCCUCAUCUUCUGGGACCCAAAAUGUCAAAACCGGCAAGUUCAAUAUUAAGGCAGUUAGCUCAUCCUCCCGAAAGCUCCUUCGCUUGAAAAAGAGUCAGAGGACCCAGCAACAGAAAGAACAGAUGCAUCGAAUGCGCAGGUCGAGGGAGGUCAUGAUCCACAGCAAAUGCCCUCCGCAGUGGAUAGGCAGCUCUAGUGAUGGAGGCUCCAGCAGCAAUUCAGAAAUUGAUGAGGUCAUUACCUGUGACAUUAACCAGACCAACCAUCACAAACCUCUAGAACAAAUGGAUGAAGAUGACGUUUUGGUUGUUGAGCCCCUACCUGGGUCCACGUUGCCAGUUAGUGAAGAAGUAAAUAUCACUACCAUUGACAGUGAGGUGGAAAUCAUCAAUGUUGUUGAUGAUGAAAGGCCAUCGGUAUCAGGAGCAUGGAGUGGCCGCAUCAUGAAAAAACUAGCAACUUCCAAUGUCCAGGCUCCACCUGGGCACCGAACAACAUCCGCUGAGGUUGUAGACCUUACGAUCGACGAUAAUGAUCCGCUGACUAUACAGGGUGAUCAGCCUUUUGAUGACUCCUUCAGUAGUCCUGAAGUUGUACAGCCAAGAUUGCCUGCUUGUUCAUCAUCGGCAAUAUCAUUGCCAGUCAGCAUUGGUGCAAUGAGCUUACCACCUGCAUCCUUCAGUACCACAGCUGCUUGUACAUCCAUCAUCAGCUCAGCAGCUUCCCACAGAACAUUGGGAGAGAUGCCUAUUAUCUCAAGCACUACAAGCCUAGUGUCAACAUCCUGUCAACACCAGAGGUCAUCAAAAUACACUGCCUGCUGUACUCAGAGGUGUCUCUGCAGAUCAACGAGGCUGGUGUCUCACCAGUCCUGCCCUGGCCAAUCUUAUUUCCAGCAGUACCAUAUCACCCAGGGCCAGGUGUACCAUGUACAUUGUUCACAGCCUCAGCACCUCCAUUCUCACUCCCAGCUCCUCAACCAGCAAAGCCAGCAGACCUGGGUACACUCACCAUACCCACAGAUCCCAUCUCUGGGGUUCCAGCACGUUCAGCAGGGCAGUUCGCAAUCUGUAUUCAGCAGUGUCAGCUCACGGGUUGGAGAAUCCUCUGAUAACCAGGAGAAUCAGGCUUCUUUAUGUGACCUGACUAACCUGGCAGAAGAUGUUGAUGGGGUUGAAGCUGUCCAGAAGAGCAGUGUCCAAGUACCAUCUUGGCCUGCCCAUAGUUCCCAGGAGAUGGAAGUGAAUGGAAACCAGCCACCGACUGUUUUGUCACCAAUCCUUUGGCAUUCUCAUGGUUCUCCUCUAAAUGAGGACUCUGCAUUUUCAAAUGCUUUAUCUCGUCCCACACCCUCUACUCAGGUAGCGAGCCAGUCCUGUCAACCUCCCAUAUCAGCCAGUUACCCCAUUGCCCGACCUGUGCCAUCUUAUCAUGCGCGCAUGCAGCCCGGGCUCCUGACCUCGUACAGGCCUACUGCUUCACAGCGGCUUCCGACUCUGCCAGCUACUCAACAACCAGUGCCACCUCUACACUUGGUGCCAUUUCAGCAGCCACCCUUGACAGCCACUCCUAUGUUGAUGAAUACCCCAUUAGUACCAGCCAGUACUCCACCACAACAGCAGCAACAGUGUUCAGUUUACCAGUACCAGCAGCAGCAACAGUGUUCAGUUUAUCAACAGAGAGGCCCUGAGAUCCAGAGAAACCAUUGGAUGGAGACUGUUAGGGAAGAGAGAGUGACAUCAAAUUUCCCGCAGUAUCACUCGGGUCAUGUUCACCUGCAUCGAUACCAGUUAGUUCCACCUAGACUACACCUGGUCUCCAUGGCAGCUCCAUCUGUUCCUAUGGUAAUGCCCGAUAUCUUCAUUCACCCUCAUUUACAAGUCUUUCCUCAGCACGGACUGCGAGCGAUGCAGAGCCAUGUCAUGGUGCACAGGGGAUAUCAGGACUUCCUGCAUUUGGAAGAUCAAUUUAGUGACUUAAACCAUGGAGCAACACAAAGCACCAUUGAGAGAUGCACGUUCCUGCACAAGUAUGAAAAGAGGACACUGGAGACCAGUGAGGAAAGGAAAGAAGCUUCAGAGGUUGAGGAGAAAUGCACUAUCUGUCUGUCACCGUUGGAGGAAGGAGAAGAUGUAAGGCGUCUCCCUUGUAUGCACCUUUUCCACCAGAUCUGUGUGGAUCAGUGGUUAGCCACCAGUAAGAAGUGUCCAAUUUGUCGAGUAGACAUUGAAGCCCAGAUGCCUGUUGACAUCUAAUUAGCCAUUAGAAAUAAAAAGGUGUUGGUAUUGAGUUCCUUGAGCAUGCUGGCUUGCAUCUGGAAUAUGCAAGAGGCUGUGGCGGGCUUUGACUGAAAUGCAAAAGGCUCUCCACUACCUGGGCCUGUGUACAGCUACUCUUCUGCUGCAGGAAGAACCAUUGCAUAACUGAAGAUCCAAGCCAGUUGCAGUCUCCAGAUAUUGUUCCCAGAUCAGCCUUACACCAAAGGACCAACAUACUUCUGUCCCUGUGUUCUCAUCAACUCCUUUGAUUUGUUCAGUAGUACUUACCUGACAGUGUUACUGUAUACUACGCUGAGUUUCAAAUGUCUCCUCAGAUAUAAUAUUCUAGCUGUUUGCAAAUAAUUAAAUUAAGUUGCCUUCUGAUAUUCAUUGUUCUGAAUGUGCUUUAUGACAUGUGGUGAAACACAUGCGUUUCCUCCCGUGCACAGGUGCCAAUUUCAGAGGCCAUAGUAAACAUAUGUAUGAUGAGGGAAGAAAUUGGUGAUGCUACAGCUGUCUUUUGAUCUGAUCAAUGCCUCUGGGAUUUGGUGUGGCUGCAACUCCUUUCACCCAGGGUUUCCUGGCUUCCUAAAUGUGCGCCCUAGAGGUCUAUGGAUAACUUGGCCUAGCAGGGUCUGCCAGUACUGGUUCAGUGAUUGAUCUGGUGAGGACCCUAGCUUCUUCUGAAGCUGGCCAGGCUCUACUCACCUCUCUGACGGGAAUACUGGUCACUAUUUGAAGUGAUAUCGACUCCAGGUCUCACAGUUCUUAGGUUUUAGAAACAUAGAAAACCUACAGUACAAUACAGGCCUUUUGGCCUACAAUGCUGUGCCGAGCAUGUCCUUACCUUAGAAAUUACCUAGGGUUACCCAUAGCCCUCUUAUUUUUCUGAGCUCCAUGUACCUGUCCAGGAGUUUCUUAAAAGACCCUAUUGUAUCUGCUUCUAUCACCGUCACCGGCAGCCCAUUCCACGCUCUCACCACUCUCUGUGUAAAAAACUUACCCCUGACAUCUCCACUGUCCCUGAUUUGCUGGACUGAUACCAGCAGAUGGUGACUUUCCAGAGGGGAUGGACUCACUGGGUCAGUAAAUUCCCUGAUAUUAACCACCCUUGCCCACCCCCAGGUCCAGAGACAGCAAAUCAGCUCCCCAGAUUCCCCAGUCUGAAGGCUGGAGGUCACUAGUUGCAGUCAGGGUGGCUGCUUACCCUGGUGUUCUGUACUGGAGUUACCAGAUACCCUGACUUGACCCCAGCGCAGAAGCAGAACCAAGGAGGACCAGGCAAAGAGGACAGGAGACAAUCAGGCCUUUCACAGUUACCCAGGGCAGCAGCUCAACUCUUUGGUGAGUAUCAACUCAGUGCAUGUUCCUGCUGAUUCAGGAGUGGGUAAGUAGAACUCAAUUAUGACCAUGACAUAGCAACAGAAUCAGGCCAUUUGGCCCAUUGAGCCUGCUCCACAAUUUCAUCAUGGCUGAUUGAUAUUUCCUCUCAGCCCCCUACUCCAGUAUCCCUUCAUGCCCUGACCAAUCACGAAUCUAUCAACCUUCGCCUUAAGUAUACAUAAAGACGGCCUCCAGAGCAACAAAUUCCACAGAUUCAUAUUUCUCUGGCUAAAGAAAUUCCUCCUCAUCUCUGUUCUAAAUGGAUGCCCCUCUAUUCUGAGGCUGUCCUCUGGUCUUAGACUCUCGUACCAUAGGAAACAUCCUCUCCACAUCCACUCUGUCAAGGCCUGUCACCUAAAGGGUAUAAUUCUGACCCAGAUCGCAGGUGAACGCUGUUCCAUGCAAUGUCCCUCUUGAGGUACGUGGGAGAACACAAUGUCCCUGCUGUCCAGGUGUGUAGCUGCAGCUCCUGACUGACUGUAUCAUGUAGCUGGGCCUGUGUAUGGACUUUUAGUAUGUUUAGGAACAUGUCAAAGCAGCAGGGAGCCAGACUAUCAUGGCCUUGUUCAGUUCAACUAGCAUGGUGUUGUGGGUGAGGUGGGGGAAAGUGAGUUCCCACAACAAGAAUUUAGGUAGUUGGGUAGCAGAUUAAAGAGCACUGUGGUAUCUUUAUAGUGGAAUUGGACCUCUUUCAUUUCCCGGUAUAUGUUGUUGUGGAGGCCAGUGGCCCAAAUUUCCUGGGUAGAAAUUGGAUUAAAAAUAUGCCAUUGGUGUUGUCCUGCAUCAAUCAUAUUGGGGAUGGGGCAGAAGGGGAAGAACCUUGCAUUGAAAACAGUCAGUUUUCCAAGCUGAUGCUUGGUUCAGCUAAGUUCAAGUUUAAAGUUGUACAAGGCCUGCUAAUGGCACGGAGCCACAAUAGUGUAGCUGUUAGUGCAACGCUAAUAGAACUCAGGGUUUUCUGGAGUUCAGAAUUCAAUAUAGGCACCAUGUGAAAUUGGUCCUUAUGAAAUGAGUGGUUUCUCCUCGGGUGCUCUGGUUUCCUCCCAUUGUCCAAGAUAUCCACCCUAAUUUACCUCAGGACAGCAAACGGCUCUGUAAUCUGUACAGGGUCUAUGUAUUUGAUGCCAUUUUGCCUCAUACUGUGUCCAAUUAAGUAAAUACUGUUGCAAAAAAAAAUUAAGAUCUCUGCCAUCUGUUUUACCAGACAGAAUGGAUUACCAUUCUGAUCUUCCAGAGAACAAAUAUUGUCCCUUGCAAUCCUCUUGCUCUUAACAUCUAUAGAAUCCAUUAGGAUUCUCUUUCACCUUUUAACCUUCCUGAUUUCUUUCUUAAGUGUUUUCUUGCAAUUCUUAUACUUCAUAAUUACCUAAUUUCUUCCUACCUGUCUAUACCUGCUAUGCACCUCCUCUUUUUCUCUUCAACAGGGUCGCGAUAUCUCUUGGAAAACACAAUUCCCUACACUUGUUAUAUUUUCCUUUUAUUCUGGCAAGCACAUACAACCUUAUGUGUUUUACAACAGUAUGCUGCCUUUCUACAAAUUAGUUCCACUAAAUCCCUAGGGUUAUUGGGUGAUCUGUAAUAUAGCCCAUUAACAUGGUUAUACCUUUCUGUCCUAACGCAGCACUGCUGUGAUAAUUUCCCUGUCCAGUAAUGCCACCUCCCUUCCUUUAAUCCCUCUUGCUCUGUCAUGUCUAAAACAAUGGAACUCCGGAAUACUGAGCUGUCAGUUCUGCCCCUCCUGCAACCAAGUCUCAUUAAUGGCUACAAUGUCAGAAUUCCAGGUGUUGAUCCAUGCCCUAAGCUCAUCUGCCUUUCCUAUGAUACUUGGUGCAUUGGAAUAGUCACAUCAUGCUCAACAUUUUGAUUCUUGACUUUGUCUGAGGUAUCCAUAACCUUGCCACUAACUUUGGAUACUAUGGUUCCCAUCCUCCUGCAACUCACCAUGGGUAAACCUUCCCACUAGGAUAUUAGUCCCUUCCAGUUCAGGUGCAAACAAUCUCUUCUAUACAGGCCCCACCUUUUCUGGAAGAUCAUAAGAUAUGGGAGCAGAAUUAGGCCAUUUGGCCCAUCGAAUCUCCCACACUGUUCAUCAACGGCCACUCUGUUAUUUUUGUCUCAGCCCCAAUCACCUACCUUCUCCCCAUAUCUCUUCAAGUCCUGUCCAAUCAAGAAUCUAUCAAGUUCUGCCUCUGGCAAAGAAUUCCACAGAGAAGAGAACCUCAUGAUUCAAAACUCCUAUGCACCCCCCACACCAACUCCUUAGCCAUGUGUUAGACUGUAUAAUCUUCAUAUUUGUGGCCACACUAGCAUGUGGCAUAGGUAGCAAUCCUGAUAUCACAACACUGGAGGUUCUGCCCUUAACUUAGCACCUAACUGCGUGAACUUCCUUAGUGGAAUCUCGUCACUCAUCCUACCCCAUACCAUCAGCACCUACGUGGAGCAUGACCUCUGGCUGUUCACCCUCCCACUUAAGAAAGCUGAUGUCCCAGACCUUGACACUUUGGAGGCAACAUACCAUCAGGGAAUAUCGUUCUUGCCCACAGAACUUCAUUUCUGUUCCUCUAACUAACAAAUCCCCUAUUGCCACAACACACCUCUUCCCCUUUCCUUCGGAGUCACAGAGCUAGACUCAAUGCCAGACAACCUACUGCUGUGAUACACUUUUUCAAAGGUUUCAAAGGUACAUUUAAUGUCAGAGAAAUGUAUAUAAUAUGCAUCCUGAAAUAAUUUUUCUUCAUAACCAUUUGCGAAAACAGUGCCCCAAAUAAUGAAUGACAGUUAAAUAUUAGAACACCAAAGCCCCUCCCCCACAUAGCAGCAGCGAAGCAACGACUCCCCCUCCCCACCAGAAAAAAUGCAUUCCUCCCCCCCCCCCACCAAGCACUCAUGCAUGCAGCAAAGCAUUAAUAAAGACACAGGCUUGCAGUACCCCAAAGACUACUCAAAUAGCUGUGGUAUUCGACAUUCCACUGUGUGUGUGUGUCUGUCUGCCUCUCUCUCACUCAGGAAAAAGAGGUGUCCGUUACACAGCGAGAGGGGAGACAUGACAAAUAGCUCACUGAUUUACCAUGUUAAAAGUCCGUUGCAUCGCUUUUUCCAAGCUCUGUGCCCAAAGAAUUCGGGUCUCUGGGCACACAGACAGAAUGACACACUGAUUUCCCGCAGAGGCCCCGACCUCGAGUCCGCCCGCCUCUAGAGCCACAAAAUCCCAAAACUCCGAAGGCAAGCUAAUCUUCAAGGCCAUGCCUUUGUCAUAUCGAAUAACGGCCAGUCGCAAGACCCCAAGAGCAGGUCCCAUUUCCACAAAAAAUUGGUCAGUGUGUAACUCUAGGUCAGGGUCAUCAGAAGAACCUGGAAAGGGAAAAAUAGACAUAUUAAAGAUAAAAAUAGAGCUUUGUCUGAAAAUGCAAGUAAAGGAGUUGCUGUUAGAUGCCAUUGUCUCAUAAGCUUUAUUGAGGAGGAUGGCCACAGGGGUACUCUGCACUUAACCUCCUUCCACUUCCUGACUGUCACCCAGUUUCCUGUGUCCUGAACCUCGGAUGUAACAACUGUAACACAAUGUAAGGUUUCACUGCUAAUGUAAUGGCCUCUGUAAUGUUCCACUGCUAAGACAAUGGUUUCUCUGUAGCAGCAAUGUUUGGGUUAUGACUAGAAAAAAUGGGGCAUGUUAGCCAAUGAACGAGAUGCUGUUCUUUCUUGUGUGUCUGAGAGCCAGGAAUUCACAGACUUUUGCCAUGGAGAGAAGAUGUGAAUGGCAAGGGUUGGUAGACCGCCGGACGGAGAGGACUUGGAGCGAGGGUCCAAAGGUCAGCAACGAUUGGAGGAGGUUGAUGGUGGACGAAUGGCCUUAUCAGUAAGCUCCAACACUGCGCAUUAGACUGUUUCAUGAGAAUGUGCCCUGUUUGUUUUUCUGUUUUCUUUACUAACCGUAUAGUCAAAUUAAGAAUCAUAAAGCUCAAUCAUUUAAUCGCA